AUGCCUUUAAGAAGUGACUCUUGUGUUUCUGAACGUCCAAGACCUCGACAAUUAGACUUGAGUCAUUGGAACGAGAACGUAGUUUCUUCCUCACUUAAUCACCACGAAGAUGAGAUUUUAUCUCGUUUUUCUAAGUGUAGAGAGCCUUCACGCCGUUCAUAUGCAGACUCUGAUCAAUUGAACAAAUAUUCAAGUGAACAAAGGAGUAGACGCGACAGUCAAUCGAAUGAAAGACGAAAUUCAUUUCAGGAUGAAAGUUCUUUGACUUCGUGUCGAUUGAAUAAUCAGCACGAGACGGACGAGUUUCUUUCUGAGGAUCAUGUGAACGCAUCUCGAUGGAAUGAGGUAGACAGAUCAGACUAUUUGAGUCGUGAAUUCUCAAAUAAUCCAAGUGCUUUACUGGAAUCACAAUCCCUAGCAUCUUCGAAUAGAAAUGCUGAAUCAUUACUUUUGAACGAUAAAGUUGAUUCGAUUCGUAGUGCGGAGUCACCACUUAAAGCUCCAAUGUACCAUGGAACGUCAGCUUUUGAUGAAAUACACAAACCUCGAGCUUCGUUGUCGUCAUCUAGUAAUGAAAAUCAAUUGGAAGAUGAAUUUCAUGGAAGGAAAUUUAAGACAUUCGAUCGUAUGAGUCUCCAACGUUUUAACGAAAACGAGAAAGAAUCGGGUACUACUUUGUCAAAAGAGCAUGAUCUUGAUGAAUCUUUGUAUCAUUUUCGAAAGAAAAUGCGGGAGGUUUUCAUUCGUAUUGAAGAUAUGGUGGAUGUCCAUCGCUCAUUUUUUAAAUCGGAUCUAAGAAAAGGCAGUUUAAAAUGUCAAAAAGAACUUGAGCAGCAAGCAGAAAAACUUGCAACGAAUACUUUUGAGCAAUUAGCGAGUUUACGAAAUCAAUUUACUUGUCUUGCUAGAGAAUUUCAACAAUCUCAAGAUCAUUCAUCGAAUUUUCAAGACCAUCGAUGGACUGAUAAUUCCUCGAAUCAAGAAGAUGAACAAUUGAGAACAAGUUGUGAAUAUGAUGAUAACGUUACAAUGGAAAAGCAAACUGAUGGUCCAGAAUUCUCGAUCUCAACUCUAAACUCAUUCAAUGACAAUGAAUGUAGACCUCAUACAAUCACGACAUUAUUCUCGAAUGAUUCGAAAAACUUUUCAAACACUGAAGAUAUGUUCAAAGAUUUUGACAAACGGAUGGAAAACAUACGAAAUUCACUUCAUGGGAUAGCGAAUGGAGAGAAAACACGAUAUCAUCGAAAUGUUGACGAAGUUUCGAGUGGAAUCAAGUCAAGGAUACAACGAAUUUCCAGACAAUAUGACGACGAUAAUGAAAGUCAAAGUCAACUACAAACCGGUGGUCGCGAAAUGAAAGUUCGUCAAUUAUUAAAGAAAUUGAAUCAUCUCCAUGCGUCUGACGACACUUAUUGA